AUGGGUAUUGAGGCUCGAGAAGAGGGGCCUGAAACAGGGUCUCAUGAACGCCUGCCUCAAGACACAGGGGGAUUAGACCCGACAGCCACAUCUCAGCGAUGGAAUUAUCCUCGAUCCAACAUUCUACGCAUCGCGUCAACUUUCUGGUCGUUUCUUGUGAUGGGAGCAAACGACGCUGCAUACGGACUCGAAGAAUACUACAAUAUUAGCUAUAUGGUCUUCUCCUGCGUUUUCCUCUCGCCUCUCGUUGGUUACGUUCUCGCCGCACUCGUGAAUAAUAAGCUCCAUGAAACUAUCGGACAGCGUGGCAUUGCGCUCGUUGCUCCUCCGUUCCGACUCAUCGCCUAUAUACUCAGUUGCGUUCAUCCGCCGUACCCCGUUCUCGUGGUUGCGUAUAUUUUUGCAGGAAUAGCGAAUGGUCUGGCGGAGGCAGCAUGGAAUACGUAUCUCGGGAAUAUGGAUAAAUCGAACGAGAUCCUCGGUCUCUUGCAUGGUGUCUAUGGUCUCGGGGCAGUGAUCAGUCCGCUUAUCGCGACGAAUUUGAUCACGAAGGCCAAUGCACCUUGGUAUUAUUUUUAUUUCUUCAUGAUUGGCAUCUCCGUAAUCGAAGGAAUCCUCUCCCCGACAAUGUUCUGGCAAUUCACAGGCGCGGCAUUUAGGAAGGCACACGCAGAUACAGGCGAUACAAAAGGUAUCGGGUUGAAAGAUGCGCUCUUCAAGUGCCCUGCAGCUCGCGUGUGCUGGCUUUGCGCCGUUCUGCUGCUGUUCUACGUCGGUGUUGAAGUGUCCACCGGCGGUUGGAUCGUCACCAUUAUGAUGGAUGUUCGGAACGGAGCGGCGUUUCCGAGCGGAAUGACAGCCACGGGCUUUUGGUUGGGUAUUACAAUCGGGAGAAUGGCGCUGGGUUUCGUCACGGCGAAAAUUGGGGAGAGAAUCGGUACUUCGAUCUACAUUACCUGCUCUAUCGCCUUCUCGCUGGUUGUCUGGCUCGUGCCGAACUUCUACGCUUCUGCCGUGGCUGUUUCCAUACAGGGCUUCUUCUUAGGCCCGUUGUUCCCAGCUGUUGUCGUUGUCAUGACCAAGCUACUACCCAAGCACCUGCACGUCACGUCUAUUGGGUUCGUCGCUGCCUUCGGGGGUGCUGGUGCUGCGGUGUUGCCAUUCGUGGCGGGUGGCAUUGCGCAGGGAUCGGAUGUUAAAUCCCUGCUACCGUUCAUAUUCGCGGUGUCUGUGGGAAUUUUGAUUUUGUGGUUGGGGUUGCCGAGAUCGAGGUCUUAA